ACAACUAACCUUAAAAAUAUUCCUGUCAAAACAUAAAUCUAACCUCACAAUUUAUAAUCAAACCUAAUUUUAACAACUUACUGGUAGCCUUUCAAAAUUGGCAAUUAAUCUAACCUAAAAAAUAUCUGUCAUGUAUUAAAUCAUCGUCAUCAAUUAAAAUCCGUUUAAAACUUACGUCUUAUAUAAUGUGAAUAUUUAACAAAAUUAUUUUGGUGAGUCAAAAUGCAGCUAGAUUUUUGGAAAACUCUUGUUUAUGUGCUCACCUUUAUAACCUACGUUUAUUCGGGUUUUGGUGCUGGAAUUCUGGGUAACAUCCGAGACGCAGUCGUUUCAGCACAAAACGUUUUCGGUGACACGUUCUCGAAUAUAAUCAAUGUAGCGAAGAAAUUCAAGAAUCUUAACGACGUUUUUGAUGCGGCUGUGAAUGAAGAUUGUGUUUACAAGUGCCCGGUGAAUGGGGUACAACCCCGACCUAAUAAAAACCACGUUCCUAAAGCCGACGGUUGCGGAUCGUUGGGUUUAAGCAUUAAAAGCGAAUUCCUUCCUAUAGCUGAUAUGACGAAAUGUUGUGAUGAUCAUGAUAUUUGCUACGAUACAUGUAACAAAGACAAAGAAAUGUGCGAUAUUGAAUUUAAAAAGUGUUUGUAUAGGUAUUGUGAUAAGUAUCAGAAAAGUGUUGGGGAGAAUGUUGUUAAAGGUUGUAAGGCGGCUGCAAAGUUGUUGUUUACUGGUACUUUAACAUUGGGUUGUAAAUCUUAUUUAGACGCCCAAAAAAAGGCGUGUUUUUGCCCUAAUAUUGGAUGGAAAGAUAAUCGUAAUAAAAAAUAUGCUAAAGGUGAUGGAGAAUUAUAAAAAGAUUGUGAUAAUUUAACUUAAUUUUUUGGUUUUUGUUGGAAUGUUAAAUAAAAAUGUGGUGGAUUUGUUUGUAUUC